AUGGACGUCACUCAUAUCCCUGAAUUUGGCAAACUUAAAUAUGUUCAUGUAACAAUAGACACCUACAGUGGAUUCAUUUUUGCCACCCUUCACAGUGGUGAAGCUUCCAAGAACAUUAUAGCCCAUGUCUUCCAAUGCCUCACCGUUAUGGGAAAACCCCAAAAGAUAAAAACAGAUAACGGGCCUGGCUAUACUUCACAAGCCUUCCAAACCUUCUGCCACCAAUUUCAAAUUAAACACAUCACAGAUAUUCCUUACAACCCCCAGGGGCAAGGAAUAGUAGAACGAGCUCAUCAGACCCUCAAAAAUACCAUAAAUAAACUUAAAACAAAUGACAUUUAUUCCACAAAAGGCUCCCCCCAUAAUAUCUUAAAUCAUGCCUUAUUCACCCUUAAUUUUUUACAAUUAGAUAAUAAAGAAAACUCAGCUGCAGACCGCUUAUGGCACCAAGAAACAAAAAACCAAUAUGCAGUCGGGACCGGUUUGGCUCAGUGGAUAGAGCUUCGGCCUGUGGACUGA